AGUCUAUCCUUCUUUUCUUCCCUGUCUUACUUUUGCACCAUCUGCUGUAUUCUAUAAUCCCUCUUCUUGAAGGAAAUCUGCAGUUUGAUUUCUCAUGCCAAACAUAAUGAUUUUCAUUAACAAGACUUGCUCCCUCAGUUUCACAAAGGAGAUACAUUUGAACCUUUAGCUCAACACAGUGAUUUCUAUAAUGCUGCUGUUCUUAUUUUUGAUGAAUUGUGGUAUUUUUAAUGCUAAUUGAUUCUGGCAUGUUGCGAAUGCAACACAAACAUUAUUCAGUUCAUAUGAAUUCAUUUAAUUUGGCAAGAAAAUCGUUGUCUAGAAGUUUCAAAUCCUUGUCAUCUUAAGUCUGAUUGUACCAUUUUUGACAUCCAAAUGAAGAUGCGUCAUUUGCUGAAGUUCAGAAGUACCAUAUUUUUCAGUCUAAAGAAAGUGAAAUUGUUCAAAUGUUUCGUUUGUCGGGUCCCAGAGAAGAUACCAGGAAUUUACCCAUCAAUCAAAGAACAUCAAGAAAGAGUGGAUCUGCAAGGACGUUGGACGAGAGAUUUAUUAGGAUUUUGAAGAUAUUUAAGUGGGGGCCUGAUGCAGAAAAGGCUCUAGAGGUACUGAAGUUAAGAGUCGAUCAUCGAUUGGUUCGUGAGGUUUUGAAUAUAGAUGUAGCCAUCAAUGUCAAGAUGCAGUUUUUCAAGUGGGCUGGGAAAAGAAGGCAUUUUGAGCACGAUUCCACUACUUACAUGACUUUAAUUUGUUGUUUGGCCGACUCUGGAAUGUUUGGGGAUAUGUGGAAGAUGAUCCAAGAGAUGGUUCGACAAUCAGUUGUCAUUGACCCUAAAGAUUUAUCUGAAGUUGUAAGACUAUUAGGCAAGGCGAAGAUGAUCAACAAAGCACUUUCGUUGUUUUAUCAAGUCAAAGGUCGCAAGUGCAAGCCGACUGCGAGUACUUAUAACUCCAUUAUCUUGAUGCUAAUGCAAGAAAAUCAUCCCGAUAAGGUGUAUGAUCUCUACAGUGAGAUGUGUAAUGAAGGUAAUUGCUUCCCCGACACAGUAACAUACAGCGCUCUAAUGUCGGCAUUUUCCAAAUUAGGUCAUCAUAACCCUGCUAUAAGGUUGUUUGAUGAAAUGAAGGAAAAUGGUUUUCAUCCUAAUGCUAAGAUUUAUACAACUUUAUUAGGAAUAUACUUCAGGGAUGGUAAGGUAGAAAAGGCUAUAGAUUUAGUGGUGGAGAUGAAAGAGAAGGGUUGUGCGCCCACCGUUUACACUUAUACAGAGUUAAUAAGGGGGCUUGCGAAAGCUGGAAGGGUUGAAGAAGCAUACGGGAUAUACAGGGAUAUGCUAAAACAGGGUUGUAAGCCCGAUGUCGUUCUCAUAAACAACGUCAUCAACAUAUUGGGAAAAGUUGGUCGUCUGGCUGAUGCUCAGAAGGUCUUUGAGGAGAUGAAAUUUUUUAAUUGUGAACCCAAUGUAGUGACAUACAACACUAUGAUUAAGGCUCUUUUCGACUCUAAAGCUUCACCAUCUGAGGCUUCUUCAUUGUUUGAGAAGAUGAAGGAGAACGGUAUUGUUCCUAGCUCCUUCACCUACUCUAUCCUCAUUGAUGGUUUUUGUAAGACGAAUAGAGUGGAGAAAGCUUUAUUGCUUCUCGAGGAAAUGGACGAAAAGGGUUUUCCUCCUUGCCCGGCUGCAUACUGUAGCCUGAUCAACAGUCUUGGAAAAGCAAAACGGUAUGAAGCUGCAAACGAGUUGUUUCAAGAACUAAGGGAGAAUUGUGGGUCUUCUAGCUCUCGGGUUUAUGCUGUCAUGAUAAAAAACUUAGGAAAAGUUGGGCGUUUGACAGAAGCUAUCGAUCUUUUUAAUGAGAUCAAGAAAGUCAACGCUGUUCCAGAUAUAUAUGCUUACAACGCCCUCAUGUCUGCGAUGGUAAGGGCUGGUUCGAUAGAUGAAGCAUAUUCCUUGAUGAGGAACAUGGAAGAAAAUGGUUGUGCGGCUGACAUAAACUCGCAUAACAUAAUUUUAAACGGAUUAGCUAAGAGUGGUGGCCCACAACGGGCAAUGGUUAUGUUUGAAAAAAUGAAGCAUUCAAAGGUGCAGCCGGAUGGCGUCACUUAUAACACGCUUCUUGGCUGCCUUAGUCGUGCAGGCAUGUUUGAGGAGGCUGCAAAACUGAUGAGAGAGAUGAGGUCUUGCGGUUUUGAAUAUGAUGUUAUUACAUAUUCAUCGAUACUUGAGGCAGUUGGGAAGAUUGAUGUAGAUUCCACACAUCAAGCUCCAUGAAAAUGACUUCUACGGUCUGAUGGUCUAUAUAUGGUUUGCUAAAUCUGAUCCAUGGGUCUGAGACUCUUUUCGCUUAGUUGGCCAGUAACCUUUUUUCUGCUGGUAUGACGUAUGCAAUUGUCAAGACGUUUAGAAGAAGCAUACAAAGUUGCUUAUGAUGGCAUUGAGAUCAUCCUAUGCUUUCUACAUGUUUUUAAGCGAUCUCAAGAAUGGCGUCCAUGUGAAUAUGUGGUCGCUUCCCUUCAUUGGCUUCUCGUUGUACACACAAACACAUUUUAGAACUAAUUGCUCAAUGGGACUUUGUGGUCACAACUCCCCUCAAGAGAAAGACCCGCUUCAAAAUUUAAACACAACGGGUGAUUGAUGAACAUUUCAUGUGAUCGGAGACGGUGGUUGCUCAGCCAACAAGCGCAGAGAUUUGAACUGCCUUGAGACCAGGAACAAGGGUUAUUCGACAGAAAGUGGCCUCACGAAGGCCACUUUUCCCACAAGAACGAAAGAUGUUUUGAGUACUUUAGCCUCAGGAUGUAGCAUAUGGAUUCAAUUAGUUAACUGGCCUUUCUUUAAAACAUGUAAACAUAGUUGAAACUUGAACGUAUUACCUGUUAUUUUUGGUUUAGAGCUUGUUUGUUAGUAACUUAAUGAACUUAAUGGGACUCACUGCUUAAUCUGU